GCGCGCGCGGGUCAGAGGUCGUGCGCCCGGGAGUCCCGCCCCUAGCGUGCGCGCGCGUCCGGGACCGCAGGGCGGUCGUCGCCGGGGACGCGCGUGGUGUGGCGGGGCCGGUGGCCGAGCGGGGCUGAGCCGGGCGGCCGCAGCUGUCCCAGGAAAGAAAGGACCAUGGUGCUCAAUAGUCUGGAUAAGAUGAUCCAGCUGCAGAAAAACACAGCUAACAUCAGGAAUAUCUGCAUUCUGGCUCAUGUCGACCAUGGAAAAACUACUCUGGCCGACUGUCUUAUAUCUAGCAAUGGGAUCAUCUCCAGCCGCUUGGCAGGCAAGUUAAGGUACAUGGACAGCAGAGAAGACGAACAGGUUCGAGGGAUCACUAUGAAGUCGAGUGCCAUUUCCCUGCAUUAUGCCAAAGGUGGUGAGGACUACCUGAUUAACCUCAUAGACUCUCCAGGACACGUGGACUUCUCCUCCGAGGUGUCCACGGCCGUGCGCGUGUGUGACGGCUGCAUCAUCGUGGUCGAUGCUGUGGAAGGAGUCUGCCCACAGACACAAGCUGUUCUGCGACAAGCCUGGCUUGAGAACAUCCGUCCGGUUUUAGUGAUUAACAAGAUAGAUCGCCUGAUAGUGGAGCUGAAAUUCACCCCCCAGGAGGCCUAUUCUCACCUCAAGAAUAUUCUAGAACAGAUUAACGCGCUCACGGGAGCUCUUUUUACUUCGAAAGUCCUAGAAGAGAGAGCAGAGAGAGAGACUGAGUCCCAAGUGAAUCCAGGUUCUGAGCGAGGAGAGCAAGUGUAUGACUGGAGCGCUGGCUUGGAGGACACGGACGAUUCUCAGCUCUACUUCUCUCCGGAUCAGGGCGGUGUGGUGUUUGCAAGUGCGGUAGACGGCUGGGGCUUCGGGAUCGAGCACUUUGCCAGAAUCUACAGUCAGAAAAUUGGCAUCAGGAAAGAAGUCCUUAUGAAAACCCUGUGGGGAGAUUAUUAUAUAAAUAUGAAGGCCAAGAAGAUUAUGAAGGUUGAUCAGGCGAAAGGAAAGAAACCUUUAUUUGUACAGUUGAUCCUGGAGAAUAUAUGGAGUUUGUAUGAUGCGGUCUUGAAAAGGGACAAAGAAAAAAUUGAUAGGAUCGUGACUUCUUUAGGAUUGAAGAUUGGAGCCCGGGAGGCACGACAUUCUGAUCCUAAAGUUCAGAUCAAUGCCAUUUGCAGCCAGUGGCUGCCCAUUUCCCAUGCUGUGCUUGCGAUGGUGUGUCAGAAACUUCCUAGCCCCCUGGACAUUACGGCCGAGCGGGUGGAGAAGCUGAUGUGCACGGGAUCACAGACGUUUGACUCUCUUCCCCCAGAAACCCAGGCCCUGAAAGCAGCUUUCCUGAAAUGUGGGAGUGAAGACACUGCUCCCGUUAUCAUCUUUGUUUCCAAAAUGUUUGCCGUUGAUGCCAAGGCUUUGCCGCAGAACAAGCCCAGACCUCUCACGCAAGAAGAAAUUGCGCAGCGGCGUGAGCGCGCAAGACAGAGGCAUGCAGAGAAGCUCGCAGCGACGCAGGGGCCGGCGUCCGUGGAGCCCCCGGAAGACGGCGGUGCCCCGGAAACAAGUCCAAAGGGAGAAGAGACAAAAGGUGGUGAGCACCAGGUGGAGGGUGAGACCCUUAAACCUCAGCCCGAAGAAGGAAGCAGCCACGAGUCUUUCGUUGCUUUUGCUCGAGUGUUCAGUGGUGUGGCUCGAAGAGGAAAGAAAAUGUUUGUCUUGGGACCCAAAUACAGCCCCGUUGAGUUUUUGCGGCGGGUGCCGUCGGGCUUCUCCACCCCACUGGACGACCUCCCCCCGGUCCCCCACAUGGCGUGCUGCACUCUGGAAAACCUGUAUCUCCUGAUGGGGAGGGAGCUGGAAGGCCUAGUGGAGGUGCCUCCAGGGAACGUGCUAGGUAUUCAGUUACAAAGAACCAAAACUUCUGUCAGCUUCUUGAGGAGAAAACACAGGCUGGCACAGAUGACAGGAAACAAGACGAAGGCACCAUCCUUGCGACUCCUGAGUGGUCCACAUUGCCUUCGGACCCCCGCUCCAAACUUGGCAUCAGAGCCGGACUCCAGAAGUAGGCUUCUGGGAGAAGGAGGAGUGGCUGACGGGCAGAAGGCUGUGGCUUGCACCUUGAGGGAGGUGGAGACUUUUCUACCGAGAGGCAUAGGAGGCCUUCAGGACUUCGUGCUGAAGUCGGCAACACUGUGUAGCUCGCCGUCCUGCCCACCAUUCGUUCCGCUCAACUUCGAAGCCACGCCUAUCGUGAGGGUCGCCGUGGAGCCCAAGCACCCAAGUGAGAUGCCUCAGCUUGUCCGGGGAAUGAAGCUGCUAAACCAGGCCGAUCCCUGUGUCCAGAUCUUAAUUCAGGAGACGGGGGAGCACGUUUUGGUCACAGCGGGAGAAGUCCACCUCCAGCGGUGCCUGGAUGACUUGAGAGAAAGGUUUGCGAAGAUUCAGAUCAGCGUGUCUGAACCGAUUAUUCCAUUCAGGGAAACAAUUACAAAACCGCCAAAAGUCGACAUGGUCAAUGAAGAAAUAGGCAAACAACAAAAAGUUGCAGUUAUCCACCAAACAAAAGAAGAUCAGAGCAAAAUCCCGGAAGGAAUCCAAGUUGACGCUGAUGGGCUCAUCACCCUAACGACCCCCAACAAGCUCGCCGUGCUCAGUGUUCGAGCCAUGCCCCUUCCAGAAGAAGUCACACGGAUCCUGGAAGAAAAUAGUGAUCUGAUUCGUUCUAUGGAGCAGUUGACAUCCUCUUUGAAUGAGGGCAGAAAUACUCAGACGAUCCACCAGAAGACCCAAGAGAAAAUUUGUGAAUUCAAAAGAAAACUAGAGCAGCACCUGACAGGGAGAAAAUGGAGGAACGUUGUUGACCAAAUCUGGUCAUUUGGGCCAAGAAAAUGCGGGCCCAACAUACUCGUAAAUAGAAGCGAAGACUUUCAGAACUCAGUAUGGACAGGCUCAGGCGUCAAAGCUUCCAAAGAGGCCAGUAGAUACCGAGAUUUGGGCAACAGCAUCGUGAGUGGUUUCCAGCUAGCAACCCUCUCUGGCCCCAUGUGUGAGGAGCCUCUCAUGGGCGUCUGUUUCAUUCUGGAAAAAUGGGACCUAAGUAAAUUUGAAGAACAAGGGGCAAGUGACAAACAUAAUCAAGAGCGAAGGGACGUGGUACAGGAGGCACAGGCGGAAGGCGAAGCCUGUCCCGGCAGAGGCGAAAAGGGGGGGCCGCAAGAUGGCGGCUCUGAGCCCUCGGAGCAGAAGACAUCCCAGAGAGGAGAGUCUUCGCUCACUGACUGCUACGGACCCUUCUCCGGACAGCUCAUUGCCACCAUGAAAGAAGCUUGUCGCUAUGCCCUGCAGGUGAAGCCUCAGCGUCUGAUGGCAGCCAUGUACACGUGUGACAUCAUGGCCACCGGUGACGUUCUUGGUCGGGUCUACGCGGUCUUGUCCAAGAGAGAAGGUCGAGUGCUUCAAGAAGAAAUGAAAGAAGGGACGGACAUGUUCAUCAUCAAGGCGGUGCUGCCCGUCGCCGAGAGCUUUGGCUUUGCUGACGAGAUCAGGAAGAGGACGAGCGGCCUGGCCAGCCCGCAGCUGGUGUUCAGCCACUGGGAGGUCAUCCCCAGCGACCCCUUCUGGGUACCAACCACCGAGGAGGAGUACUUACACUUCGGGGAGAAGGCGGAUUCUGAGAACCAGGCCCGGAAGUACAUGGACGCCGUGCGUAAGCGGAAGGGUCUUUACGUGGAGGAGAAGGUGGUGGCGCACGCGGAGAAGCAGAGAACCCUCAGCAAAAAUAAGUAACCCCGCCCCCGGCAGGGCCUCCUCUUUCGAACGGAGGCGUCACCCCGGGCCAGAUGCUGGGAAAACCUCUCGGAGCUCACUGUCAAUAAAGUUGAUGCUUAUAAGUA